AAGGUAGACAAUCCCCAAAAGAUUGAAGAGUAUAGACCCAUAUCGUUAAUUGGGGUCAUGUACAAGAUCAUUACAAAGCUAUUAGCUAAUCGGCUUCGCAAAGUCUUGCCAAAGAUUAUCGGGGAGCAGCAGAUGGCAUUUAUUGGAGGUAGACAAUUAAUAGAAGGAGCAGUGGUGGCAACUGAGAUUAUCGACGAGGCAAAGAGGAAGAAGAUGAAAAGCUUUCUGUUCAAAGUUGAUUUCGAGAAAGCAUAUGACAAAGUCUGCUGGGAAUUCGUUGAUUAUAUGUUGAUGAGAAUGGGAUUCAACAUAACCUGGAGAAAGUGGAUACAAGAGUGUCUAAGAUCAAGUAUGGUAUCAGUGCUUGUCAAUGGGAGCCCAACAAAGCAAUUCACUGUUAGCAAAGACUUACGACAAGGGGACCCACUAUCCCCAUUUUUAUUUCUGAUUGUGGCGGAAGGAUUGAACGGGCUUGUGUCAUCUGCAGUUGUCAAAGAGCAGUAUAAAGGAGUGAUAGUUGGAAACGGAGCUGUAUCGGUUUCUCACUUACAAUUCGCAGAUGAUAUGAUAUUCUUUGGAGAGGUAACCGAAGAGAACAUAAAGGCAAUUAAAUGCAUCAUGAUGGUUUUUGAGCUUGUCUCAGGGCUAAAAAUCAACUUUGGGAAAAGCCAGCUAAUGGGAAUUGGAGUUGGGGAGGAGUGGAGGGCGAGAAUGGCCUUUAGAUUGUACUGCAAAGAGGGAGGAUUUCCAUUUAAAUACUUGGGGAUCCCGAUUGGAGGGAACCAUAGAAGGAUUACCAUGUGGCAACCAAUGGUGGAAUCCUUUAAAAGAAAGUUAGAAAGCUGGAAAGGUCGGCAUCUCUCUUUCAGUGGUCGUAUCACGCUCAUAAAUUCAAUCUUGUCUAGCUUGCCCGUCUUCUUGAUGUCGGUUUACCUAAUCCCGAAGGGUAAGGAGAAGAAAUGCAAUCAAAUGGGCAAUACAAAGGACGGAAUGUGGAAAUGGGACUUGGCCUGGAGAAGAAGCCUGUUCGAAUGGGAAGUUGACAGCGCAGAGGAGCUCAACGUCAUGAUCAAAGAUACGAGAAUUUCACUAGGAAGCCCAGACAAGUGGCUGUGGACACACAACAAUGAUGGCAAGUACUCAACCAAAUCAACUUACUCAAUGCUGAUAAAAGAUCAUGAUGGAUUAAAUGGAGCUUCAACUUUUAAGAGGGUGUGGAAUCCAAUUCUUCCAAAUAAAAUAGCAGCAUUUAAUUGGCAAGUUUUAUUAAAUAGAAUCCCAACCAAACUCAAUCUACUGAAAAGAGGAUGCGCCAAAGGAUGGGAAGACAGCAAGUGCGUCAUGUGCGAAGUAGAGGGGGAAGAUUCGGAUCACCUAUUUUUAACAUGUAGGAUGGUCAAGUGGUUGUGGAAGGCAUGUGCAGCGUGGUGGGGAAUCAAUGUAAGGCUAGAGAAUAAUUGUUGGGAUACAUUCAAGAAGCUCGGGGAAGGGAACAAAGAUUCACGCAUUAAAGAAGGUUGGGACUGCAUCUGGAAUGCUCUGGUCUGGUCGAUGUGGUUAGCAAGAAAUCAGAAGAUUUUUCAACAAUCAGAGCAGAAAAAAGAAAAGAUACUGGAACUCAUACAAUUGAGAGCUUUCUUAUGGGUUAAAGCAAGAAAGGCAAGAUGCACAUUUACCAUUUAUGAUUGGCUUAAUAAUCCAACUGCAUGUCUUACAGUUAACAGUGGAAGGAAAAGGAAAAGAGCGAGCAAGACAGAUAAAACGAGGUACUGAUGUGGAAAAAUUAUUUUUUAAAGCACUUAGAAAGAAAUUUGAGAUGAUUAGAUGAGGAUGAAGAAGAUGAAGAAGCAGAAAGGACCGAUGAAUUUAGUGAUGAUGGAGAAAAUAAUAAGGGAAAAUGACA